AACAAAAACCAUACCAGGAACAAGACAGGGCCCCCCUCUUUCUUAUCCAUUCAUUUCCCAGAAUUUCUUCUUUCUUCUUCUUCUUUUCUGAUCAUGAUUUGUUUCAUUCUAUAAAUGGGGUAGAUGUAUUAUUAACCCAACUCUCACACUCUUCUUUCUUAUUUUCUCUUCUUCUUCUUCUGUGUUUGAAUUCAAGUACAAUCAAUGCCUAGCCUGAAAGAUGAUGAUGGUGAUUUUGAUGACAGGGAUUGUAAGAUCCGAAAGAGAGGUUCUUCUUCUUCCUCCUCUUCUUCUCUAGUGAGAAAUUAUCGCCUGAAGCGUGCCAUUUUGGCGGGGAAGGGAUUUCGUUCCAGAUCGCCUUUGUUGUUGCAGAGCCAGAAUGCAGAAUUCGAAGCACCUUCGUUUGAUGCAGUUGAAAAGAUUCGAAACAGCCAUAGCAACAGAGAGAAAAAUCACAAGACUGAAUCAAAAGUAUAUGACGGUUUGAAAAGUCAGUUAAAGGAAGUCAGAAAUAUGUUGAUUGCAUCAAAAGAGUUACUGAAAUCUUUAAGCCAUCGCAUUUGUUGCCAAGAAAAGUUAGAACCAUCCUCUCGCAACAACAAACCCAUUGUUUCAGCUUUAAGAUUUGAGCUUGACAGAGCCCGUGUUCAACUGGAUCAGUUAAUAGAGGAAGAUCGAUCUAAAUGCAUUCAUCAGUUUGCUAAAGAGAAGGCAGAGGAAGAAGAGAGGAUGUCGAGGGCCAUGUUGAGAAUGGCUGGAGAGAUUGAGGUUGAGAAAAAGCUCAGGAGACAGAUGGAGAGGCUGAACAAGAGUCUAGGCAAAGAAUUGAAUGAUACUAAGGCUUGUUUGGCAAAAGCAUUGGAAGAUCUACAGAUAGAGAAACGUGAAAAACAAGAGCUUGAAAGGAAAUGUAAUGAUCAGAGCAGAGCUGCUGAGGUACUUGAAGGACUUACAAGAGAAGAAGAAUUUGCAAGAACAGCAGCUUCUGAAGAUGAUGAUGUCUUCAGCAAUUCUGGUAGAAUGGAGGACAAAGUAGAUGAAAUGGAAAGAUAUAAAAUGGUGAGAGAACUUAAAGACCAUAUACUGUUUGGAUCCAAAACUGUGUAUUAUUCUAAAUAGAGUUCUCAAACCAAUCCAUCCUAGA